CGUCCCUCUUCGUUGCGGCGUCAAACGCGCGACACUUCUCUUGCUGGGUAUAGGCGCGUCUUCUCUCUCACGCACUCCAGGGCUCUCUACGCAGUAGUAGUCAGUCAGGCAUCCAGUCUCAUCGCUCAUGGCCGCUCUCGAAGCGACCACCAACAGUGCUGUAUGCGAAUCAUUGCUCAGCAGUCGUCGUCGUCGUCGUCAGCACCCCGUUCCUGCGUAUCGCCCACUGGUCCCGCGCGCUUCCACAAAGGGGCCUGCCCAUGGUAUGCGAUGUAUGCUAUGGUACGGUAUGCAACAAACCAUGGGCACUGCCUCGUCCUAACCGCCCGCCCGCAUGCCUGUCCUGUCCUGUCCUGUCCUGUUUCACCCACCAGGACAGAACAAGAAGGCACUCAACCAUCGCCGUCCAUGGUUUCAUUUACCACAUCCCAUCCCACGCCACACCACCACCCUCUUGGUGUGCUGCGUCGUCAGGCUUAUAGCCUCACCACCAAUGCCCUGCCCUGCCACCCUCUCUCACGCUUCCAGUCUAUUCUCUUGCGGCCUGACGUUCCACACCUGCUUGCUUGCCUUCCUCUGCCUAGCCUCAUGCCGCCCAUGGUUGGCUCUUCGGCCCGCUUUCUUCACAUCCAACCCUGCACGCGCCUGCUUCGUCUGCACCCACUCGUUGCCUUGCGCCUCACGAACCCGCGCCCGCCCGCCAAUAUAUAACUCCAAGAGCCGCGACACCCCUCGGCUAAAGGGACGACUCAGCACCAUCUUAGCCGUCGUAUGCUAACCUUCGUUCCUCCUGUCGAUCGGUCAUGCGCCCAAGCAUUCGUGGGCGGGACAGCCAGUAAUCUAGUUUGCUAAACUACGCCA